CUCAUGUGAAUGUAUCCUUAGCUGGCUUAAAUCGUGAUUCACGUAAAAUAGUCUACGAAAUCACUUUUUCAUAUGAUUUCACGAGUAUAACGCCCAACAUCUGUCCGUGCUAAUAAUUUACAUUAGUCGAUGACUUUAGAAAAUAUAUAUAUAACAUGAUAAAUGAAUAUGUAAUGAUCAAAACAUAAUUCAGAAACUAUGGACUCUGUUACAUGUGAUCAACAUGUAGAGACGAAUAAUGAUUAUCCUUUAUCGGAUUAUGAAUGGGUUUGGGAUGAAAAAAAUUCAACUUCAUCAAUUAAAUUAUCAGACGAUAACUUGAAUGUAACAUUUCAUCCUGUAUAUAGCACUGGUACAGCUGUUGUAAAAGGUAGCAAACCAUUGGAAAAAGAAAGACAUCAUUUUUGGGAAAUUUCAAUGAUAACGCAUAUAUAUGGAACUGAUGUAAUGAUUGGUGUAGGAACUCCAAAUGCAGAACUCCAUGAUGCAAGUCAGGAUUUUUGUGCUCUGCUUGGACGAGAUAAAGAAUCUUGGGGUUUUUCAUAUAAAGGAUAUUUACAACAUGAUGGUAAAAUAUAUAAAUAUGGGUCAACCUUUGGUCAAGACAAUUCAAUUGGGAUACAUCUUGAUACUUGGAGGGGUACAUUACAAUAUUUUAUUAACCGAAAGCCAUUGGGUGUGGCUUUUACAAUGCUGAAUAAUGUUACGCUUUAUCCUUUAGUGAGCUCUACAAUGGCUCAAUGUACAAUGAAAUUAACUUACACUUGUUCAAUACCGGUAUCUCUACAAACUACUUGUCUACCAAUUUUAUCACCUUCACAAAAGACGUAUCUAUCAAAAACAAUUCCUGGUUUGCGUUAUCUUAUCCAAAAUAUUUUUGUCGAUAUAUUAAAAAAGCCUACUGAUAAUGAAGAUGAAGAGGAAAUGGAAUAUCCAGCAAAAUAUGUUAUUUUGGAUGAUUUUGAUUAUGCUCUUGUAGGAUUUAAAAAACUCAAGAAAAAAAGAUGAUACAGGUCUGCAAGAAAUAUUAAAUCUAAAAAUAUAAAAAAAUUUUAAAAUACAAGAAAUGUACUCAAUUUUAUAUCAAAACUGUAAUGAUUACAAAGGCGUUAAUACGUUUCUACUAAACAAUAUACAAAAUAUACUAUGUAUGAAUGAAAUAAAUAAUUCCUUAAAG